UACAAUAACACAUUUCCCUCACCAACAAAUAUUUCCUCAUCAAACGAAAAAAAAUAUCUCCUCCUCCCUUGUCAACCCAACUCUAAUCCUGAUCACCCUCCACCACCCCGCCACCAAUAUGGUCUCCGAACAUUCUUCCUCGAAAACCGUGUGUGUGAUCGGUGCGGGGCCCUCGGGGCUUGUGGCGGCAAGGGAACUGAGGAAAGAAGGCCACACCGUGGUGGUUUUAGAACAAAGCCACGACGUCGGAGGUCAGUGGCUCUACAACCCUAAUGUCGAAGGACAUGAACCCAUGGGGCCAAAGGACAUGACUCGUUUCUUAGAAGUUCAUAGCAGCGUUUACGCCUCUCUAAGGCUGGUCUCCCCCAGGGAGACCAUGGGAUUCACCGACUUCCCGUUUUCGAUCAAGAAAGGAAGGGACUCAAGGAGAUUUCCCGGUCAUAGAGAGGUUUACUUGUAUUUGAAGGACUUUUGUGAGUGGUUUGGAUUGAGGGAUUGUAUAAGGUUCAACACUAGGGUUGAGUAUGUGGGAAUGGUGGACUAUGGAGUUGUUAAUGGGAAGGAUUUGAAAUGGAUUGUAAAGAGUAGAGAAUGGAAGAGAAGUAAUCUUAUUGAUGAUCAUGAUCAUAGUAAUAAGGUGGUUGAAGAAGUUUUUGAUGCUGUGGUUGUGGCCACAGGACAUUAUUCUUUCCCAAAGUUGCCUUCUUUCAAAGGAAUGGGUUCGUGGAAGAGAAAGCAAAUGCACAGCCACUUUUACAGGGUUCCUGAGCCAUUUCGAGAUGAGGUAGUGGUGAUCGUUGGAAAUUCACUAAGUGGGCAAGAUUUGUCGAUGGAACUUGUGGAAGUGGCUAAGGAAGUGUGCCUAAGUUCCAGAUCUAUGAACAUUACUGAAGGGUUAUCAAAAGUCAUAGCAAAACAUGAAAAUUUGCAUCUUCGUCCUCAGAUAGACACACUUGAAGAAGAUGGGAAGGUUUCAUUUCUGGAUGGUUCUUGGAUCAUCGCUGACACAAUCAUCUAUUGCACCGGAUAUUCAUACACUUUUCCAUUCCUUGACACCAAAGGAAUAGUAGCUGUGGAUGAUUGCAGAGUGGGCCCUCUUUAUGAACACACCUUCCCUCCAUCACUUGCUCCUUCUCUUUCUUUUAUUGGCAUUCCUAGAAAGAUUAUUGGAUUCCCUUUCUUUGAAUCACAAGCAAAAUGGGUAGCCCAAGUGUUGUCCGGGAAAAGAACAUUGCCAUCAUGGGAUGACAUGAUGCGGUCCAUCAAGGAACUCUACCACUCAAGGGAUGUUGCCGGCAUUCCCAAGGAAAACACUCACGACAUCGCAGAUUUUGAGUAUUGUGAUAGAUAUGGAGAUAAUGUUGGAUUUCCACACCUAGAAGAAUGGAGAAAACAGCUGUGCAUAUCAGCCAUAACAAAUUCUUUGGUCAACUUAGAAACUUACAGGGAUUCAUAUGAUCAUGAUCAUGAGCUGCUUCAAGAGGCUUUUCAGAGUCCACAUUUCACUCAACAAGCUGAGCCUCAAGCUAUUGCUCUUUAAACUCUAUUUUGUAUAGUUUGCUUAAUUACUGGUUUUAUUUGGACCACAAUAUUGGCUUAUUCAUUAUGACUUCUAUAUUCUUUUUUUUUUCUUUUUUUAAUUUUUGUCCCUUUCCGUGGGAAAGAAUUUUCUCCUA